AUGAAAACAAUUUAUUUAAUUAGACAUGGUGAAUCAACUUUUAAUGUAGCCUAUGAUAAUAAAGUGGAUCCAUAUUUAUUUGAUGCAAGGUUAACACAAGUCGGAGAAAAUCAAGCCAGUCAAUUAUCAGAACAUGUUAUGGAGCAUUUAAAAGAUGUGGAACUGGUUAUUACAUCACCAUUAACUAGGGCUUUAGAAACAACCAAAAGAAGCUUAAGCAAAUUAUUAGAGUCAAAUAGUAAUAUUAAAUGUAUUGUAUCUCCAUUACACAGGGAAGUGUUAAUGACCAGUGAUGAUAAUGGAAGAGAAAGAUCCAUUAUAGAAAAGGAAUACCCUGAAUUCGAUUUUCAAUCACUAGAGGAGCGUUGGUGGAUCCCUGAAUUUUGUCCAGAACUUAAAAGCGAUCUUUCUAUAGACACACACAAAGUGUUUAUGAAAACUCCAUUCAGGGAAUCAGAAUCUUUAUUUUUAGAAAGAAUUAGACAAUUUAAACAACUCCUAUUAUCAAGACCUGAAUCAAAUAUUGCUGUAGUUGGACAUGGUGAUUUCUUUUAUUAUUUACUAGAUGAAAAAAUGGAAGAUAUUCCAAAUUGUAAAAUUAUUAAAUGGCUAAUAGAUAGUACCGUUGAACCAAGUUAUUUAAAUUUUUAA